AUGGGCCUAACCUACAACGUCUAUUUGACUUCUAACAAGAUAUUCGGCUGCAAAUCAUGCCAGACCCACCUGGCAGACUACAAUGAUAUCAUCAGCCGGAGCUUUCGUGGUCAGCAUGGCAAAGCAUACCUCUUCAACAGCGUCGUCAACAUCACCCAGUCCGAUCCAGUUGAGCGAAGCAUGACAACCGGCCGUCACAUUGUCCGUGAUAUUUCAUGCCGUCAAUGCAAGGAGACCGUGGGUUGGAAAUAUGACAAGGCCUACGAAGGUAGCGAGAAGUACAAGGAGGGCAAAUUCAUUCUUGAGGAAGAACUGCUAUGCCAGGUGACCUAG